ACAAAAAAAUCGCUACUAGAACUCGUCCACAUUAAAAAACAUUUAUGGGAUAAAAGGUACUUAUUGUUCUCUAAAUUCGACCAAGGAAUCAUGAUGGACAUUGAAUCAUUUUACUCCGUUUGUCCCGAGAUCUUAAGCAAACAUAUAGCAUUGAGAUGCCCUGGUCUAGACGUCGCUAUGGAUCCGUUUUGUGGUGCUGGUGGAAACGUCAUCCAAUUGGCCAAGAGAUACAAACACGUAAUCGCAGUGGAUAUCGAUGCUAAUAAAUUAGAAUUCGCCAAAAGAAACGCCGAGAUUUAUGGUGUCAGGGAGAAAAUUACAUUUAUACAGGGAGACUUCUUCGAAAUUGCAGAAACUUUGAAAAAAUAUAAGCCACAAGUCAUAGUGACGUCUCCCCCAUGGGGCGGCCCAUCGUAUAAGAAACACGAAGUUUACAGUCUCGAGAAGCAUAUGUGUAAAGACUACGAAGGAGGCGGUAGAAAACUCUUCGACCUGCUGAGAAGUAUUGCACCCAACGUAGCACUGCACAUACCUAAAACUACAGGUCGAAACGAGUUAAUACAAUUUGGAAAAUUAUUCGACCUCAACAUGGAAAUUCAACACAAUUAUAUCGACGAAAGUCACGAUUGGAUAACUGCAUUUUUCGGUCGAUUUUUCAAUAUGAAAACGAAAUUCUUAUCUAACGACAACAAACUUUAUUCAGCUCAAGACCGACUUAACCAGUACAAGAACACCGUAACUCCGAAAGAAACGCAGUCUAAACAGUAUGGCACAGAGAAUACAGAUAUGAACCCAUAUGAAGUUAAAGUAAAAUACUGCAAAGAACGAAAUCUCAACACUGACAUAACAAAAAAAGGCCUAUGUACUAAGAAACCAACAUUAAAACUAGGCGAGACGCAAAAAAUAAUAAUAGUUCAAAAACGAACGAAAACAUGUUAUCUUGUACACUCUAUGGAGAGUAGAAAUUCUGUUAUCACCUUGUGCGAUAAACUACGCGAAAUGGAAAAUAACUUGAGACGCAUCCAGAAAGUUGAAAAGUACGACAUGUGCUUGAUAUUUUUUGGCGCUGAAUGGUACCGUGGGAAAAUUAUGGACGAGACGAACGAGGGUAUGUUAAAAAUUUACUUGAUUGACAUAGCACAAACGAUGUUGUUUAACCGAAAAGAUGUCUAUGAGAUUCCAAAGCAAUUUGAAGGAGAGUCUUUAUUAAUUGAAAUUGUCGUAACACCUCCGCCAAAAGAAAUACUAACUACUGUUUAUGCUAACGUAGAAGCAAUAAAAACUAUUGUACCGAGUACGGUGGUGAAACUGAUUUGAUUAUAAAUUACUAUAAACCCAACCAAACCCCUCCUAUUCAUUUGCAUUCGACAGUCAAUGUCUAUAUUCCUUAAUGUUGUUAACAGAAGAUUACGGGCU